AUUAAAUACAAACAACUGUCAGCCCUUAAAAUAAUAAUAAUAAUAAACAGCCCACCUCAUGCUGUAUUGUCAGAAAUUUUCCUCUAUAAAUUAACAAACUAUGCCUCCGAGCACAAUAUCACUUUCACCGGCUUCCUCCAUGUCCAUCAACAUUAACUCCCGCCGCCGCCUCCAAACCGGUUUCGCCGGCGAACCCCUUUCCUCCGGCGAACCCACCGGAAACAGCAUCGGCGUUGAAUUUAUAUCGAUCAUCGCCGUUCUUCUCUCCUUCGUCAUCUUCGCGCUCCUUCUGGACUUCAUCGUUCGCUGCGUGGUUCGCUGCUUCCACCACGUCUCCGGUCCGAUCAACCUCGAUGGGGCAACGGACGAGAUCCGUAAGCUGCCUAUCGCAAUCCACGGCUCGGAUUGCUCGAUCUGUCUGAACCAAAUCGAAACGGGCGAGCGGGUCCGGUUUAUGCCGAACUGCGGCCACGGCUUCCAUGUGGAAUGCCUGGAUCGGUGGCUGGCGGUCCGGCCGUCGUGCCCGACAUGCCGGAAAGCGCCUUUUGCUGUCAGAACGGAAAGUACGGAGAGUGCUGAGCUGGAUGAGGUGGUUUUUAAAGCUUUGAAACGGAAAUUAGGGCUGUAGCCCGUAGAGGACGAUGGUAGAGAGAGUUGAGAAGACCCGUGCCUGUUUUCGUAUAGUUUUAAAUUUAGAUUUCUUUGUUUUUUAGAUAUAGUUUUAAUUGUUAAUAAAAGGUAAAUUGGCAGCAAGCAAAUAUCAUUACGUCCAAAUAGAAUUGUGAACUGU